AUGGCGGCAGCGCGGUUGCCCGACGUGGGCGAUGCCACAGCCGUCGUGGUGCAGCCCGUCAGCCAGCAACCGCAGCCGUACUCGUACUGCACCUGCAAAAGGUUGCUGAGAGUCCGGAAUGCGAGAUGGGGUAAAAAAAACCUUUCAAAAAUGUUCGGCCCAACCAUCGUGGGCUACGGGAUGAUGACGCAGGCAGCUGAAAUGUACAGUGCCACUGCAAAAAUGUGUAAUGUGACGCAGCUGCUGCUGCGGCUGCCAGGCGGAUGCUCGGCGCAGUUUCCUCGCCCACGCUGGUGCCGCCCAGCAAGCCCAGGGGGUUCUUCUUCGCGCCAGCUGACACUGUAA